AAUGCAGCUGCACCCCCUGAAAAGACAACCUCUGACCCCAGUGGUGACCACAAGAAACUCAACAAGUCUCAGCAGCUGAAACAAGUUUUUAAAGAGUAUGGUGCUGUAGGGGUUUCAUUCCAUGUUGGAAUUUCUUUGGUAUCCCUAGGAAUCUUCUACUUGGCUGUGUCAAGUGGUGUGGACAUGACUGCAAUUCUCCUCAAGCUUGGUGUCAGUGACUCCUCCCUGCAGUCCAGGAUGGCAGCUGGGACGAGCACCUUCGUGUUGGCAUAUGCUGUGCACAAGUUGUUUGCCCCAGUCAGGAUCAGCAUCACUGUGGUUUCUGUGCCCUUCCUCGUCCGCUACUGCCGCAAGAUUGGGUUCUUCAAGCCUCCUGCCUCAAAGCCUUGA